UGCUUGAGCGAGGGAGGGAGAGAGAUGGCGGGAAAUGGGGAGUCUGCCAUGGAAGUGGAGGAACCCGAGCCUCAGCCGAAGUCCGCCGCACCGAUGGAGAAGGGCAAGGCCGUGGUCGUGCCCGCCGGCCUUCCUCUGCACAAGGACACGCCUUGGGUGGAGAAGUACCGUCCCCAAUCUCUCGCUGAUGUUGCUGCCCAUCGCGACAUCGUCGACACUAUCGAUCGGCUGACGAGCGAGAACAAGCUUCCCCACCUGCUACUCUACGGGCCGCCGGGGACAGGUAAAACCUCUACAAUCCUUGCCGUUGCUCGAAAGAUCUACGGUUCCCAGUACCAGAACAUGAUUCUUGAGCUCAACGCGUCCGACGAUAGAGGGAUUGACGUUGUCCGCCAGCAGAUUCAGGACUUUGCUAGCACUCAGAGCUUCAGUUUCAGUUCAAAAUCCUCUGUGAAGCUGGUACUCUUAGACGAGGCUGAUGCUAUGACAAAGGAUGCACAAUUUGCACUGCGAAGAGUGAUUGAGAAGUACACAAAAAGCACUAGAUUUGCUCUUAUCUGUAAUCAUGUUAACAAGAUUAUCCCAGCAUUACAAUCCCGGUGUACACGGUUUCGUUUUGCUCCUCUUAAUGCUGCUCAUAUUACAGAACGUGUACAGUUCAUUAUAAAAGCGGAGGGGAUUGAUGUAACAGAUAGUGGCUUGGCUGCGAUUGUGAGGUUGAGCAACGGUGAUAUGAGAAAGGCUUUGAACAUUUUACAGUCCACGCACAUGGCUUCUCCGCGUAUUACUGAGGAUGCUGUUUACUUGUGUACUGGGAAUCCAAUGCCUAAAGACAUUGAGCAGAUUUGCUUUUGGCUUCUAAAUGAAGCAUUUGCAGCCUCUUUUAGACGUAUAUCUGAACUUAAAACCAAGAAAGGCUUGGCAUUGAUAGAUAUUGUGAGAGAGGUGACCGUGUUUAUUUUUAAGAUAAAAAUGCCAUCAGAUGUACGAGUACAAUUGAUCAAUGAUCUAGCAGAUAUCGAAUAUAGGUUGAGUUUUGGAUGCAAUGAUAAGCUGCAGCUUGGUUCCCUUAUCAGUUCUUUUACACAUGCAAGAAGUGCAAUGGUUGCAGCUGCAAAAUAGAAGUCACUUUGGGUAUCGUGCAAGGUUUAAAUGCUGCCUUUUGUUUAAGUUCUUCUUAUGUAGCUUUUAUCAAUUCUAAGAUGAAGCUCAGGCUAUUCUGAGGGGCAUAUGCUUCAGUGGAGUAAAGGGAACAUGAAGCAAGCAGAUCACUCCUGCUUAGAUUCCAAAAAUCUAUUCGCUCCUUAAAUGGUAGAUGACUUCCCAAAGCUGCGUUUGAGUUUAGAUGUUUUUUUUUAUCUGCAAUGUGAAUCGUUGUAUACGGUUUCCGUGUAAAUCCUUUGUUCCCUAAUUUUUGCUAGUUAAACCUUGUUUGUCAUAGUUUUUCCCCAUUUUGUCUUUUUUUUUUUGUUACUCCUGUAAAUGGUCUCGUAUUGCCGUUUUUUUUCUAAAUCACAGUAUUGAAUUGUCUGCCUCUGCCUGAAAACAGCUGAUACAAAACCCAUCCAAUUGACAGCCUGCAUGCGCAUUGUUUUUUUUUUU